AUGAUAAUGAAAAAUCUCUAUCGAACCCCUUUCACUUUUAUUCAAUGCCCAAAUGUAGAACUAAAGAAACCAUCAUGGAUUCGAAAAUCAUCAAAUAAUACUGUUUUAUUUGGAUUACAUGUAUCUUAUUUUCUUGUUACUGCUGGUGUUAUCUAUGAUAUUAUCAUUGAACCACCUAGUGUUCGUAGUACAACCGAUGCAUAUGGUCAUCAUAAACCAAUUGCUUUUAUGGCUUAG